UUUGUUUGAUGUCGAGAAAAGUCCUGGUUAGGUAUAGGACUAAUCAUUAAAAACGUUUUUAUUUCGCCCCCUGGACAUUUGACUUUUGCAAACACGCCCACAGUUACAUAUAUAUAAAAAAAAGUCAAGUGUCUGACGUCUUGCCCACUUUCGUCUGGAAAAUCAACUUUAAAUGCCUAUCACACACUUGGUGUGUUCGGUCAACGCCCAGAAUCCACAUUAAUCGGUAAGCCUAACCCCUGUUCCUCACACAUGCGUACAUGAUGACGUAAGGUCAGUAGGCCUACUUACCUGUCAAGGCCAGCAGCUAGAUUCUCUGCAGUAUUUAAAGUCGAAGUCUUCUUUUCUAUCUCACUGCGUUUGUUUUCAACCUAGAGCAGAGGUAAGCAGUGUAACCCAGAAACACGUUUUGUGGACAUGACCAAACGCUAAACGGUACUUAGUUAUCUUCAACCACUAUGUGCACUAGUAGAGAACGUUGUUAUUUAACAGUCUGGAUCCUUUUAGGCCUAGCUGUGUCAAGUUUCGUGGAUGGCAAAAUACUCGAUCGAACGUCAUGGAACUUGAGUAGAAGACACAAUAAUGGCUUGUCUUAUAUCAGAGAUGACACUGAAAACCUAAAGGUAAUUGCAAGUGAACGGAUAGAAGCUCAUCGUCAUGGAAACGCUGAUUAUGCUCCAACUGAAUUUGAAGACAAAGCCAAGGAAAAGGAAAUCCAAUAUGACUACCAGUUUUGGUUUCCCGUACUUUCCCGUAUAAGAAGAUCAACAGGACGGUUCGAACAACUCUAUGAGACUUUAGUAGGACUAGGGCUGAACAAGAUGUGUAAAUAUCUUCGUUCAGCUCAGCUAGAUGACGUAUUAUCGUCCACAGGAACUUUUACCAUAUUCGCCCCAAAUGACGAAGCAUUUGCUCUGGUCCCGGGUGGAGUUCUAGAACAGAUCACCAAGAAUCCCGAAAAGCUAAGGGAGUUCCUUCUUUAUCACAUUAUACCAGGUGCACUGCAGUCGUCAUCAAUUCAGAAUGAAAUAGUGCAAGAUAGUUUGCAAGGAACACCCAUUAGAUUCAACGUCUACGGAGAGAUGAUAACUGUUAAUGGCGCAAAAGUUGUGAAUCCUGAUGGGCGGUUUGAGAACAAUGCCGUGUAUGCCAUCGACCGAGUGCUUUAUCCUGUUCCAUCCAUGGAUCUGGUUGGACAAACCAAGUGGACUCAGAACCAACUCUACCGCCUCCUGGAAGUUGCUGGCGUUGACAAGGAGCUGACAGACGGUACCUACACUGUAUUUGCGCCAUCAGACGAGGCCUUCCAAAGUCUUCCUCAACGUGUUCUUGAAAUGCUGACGUCAAACGUUACGUUACUGAAACAGGUUCUUCUGAACCACGUGCUUAAAGGAACGUAUUACAGCGUGGCGUUGAAUGAUGGUCUGACGUUGAUAUCGAUAGGAGGCGCUCCAUUAACUUUCCAAGAUCGCAGAGGACUUAUGCUGGUGAAUAGUAUUCCGAUCGUUGAACCAGAUUUUGCAGUGUUAAACGGCGUUAUCCAUAUUAUCAACCGCGUGUUACUGCCCAGCGAAGUUUUAAAAGACUGUCAGUGUCUCCCUCAUGAAGUCCAGAGUCCUCCAUCUGGUGAAGAUGUUUCACAAGGACACCCGCAGAGUCCGCCGAUCCAAGAAAUUCCUCCUUUUGGAAGUACCCCUAGAGUACCACCUUCUGAUAAGAUACAAACAUCAAUUCUCCAGCAAGGUGAUCCAGUACCUUCUUUACCAAGACUGGAAACCGUUGAAGGGUCUCCUUCUCCAGCAAGAAAUGAAAUCCUUGAAGUAAUCAAGAUGCCUGGUCUUAAUGUCCAAGGUCAACCAAUUAGUUUGAACAUAUUUUACGAGCUGCUUCAGACUUCAGAUCUAGUUGAACUGUUAAGCCAAAAAGGUCCUUUUACUGUGCUCGUUCCAACUGACGAUGCCUUUGCUAACCUUCCUGAUGGAGUUUUGGAGGAACUCAGGAAUAACCCACAGUUACUGCACCGUGUACUUCUAACCCAUAUUAUAGGCCUUUCGUACGACCCACAAACCCUUCACAACAACAUGGUUAUAGAAACUAAUAAUGGUCUUCGGUUGUUUAUCAAUAUCCUCAACAAUGGAAAGAUAAUUCUAAUUGAAGGAUCAAAACUUAUUGCAUCAACGGUAGCUCAGAACGGCUACGUCUACGUCAUCAAUCGUAUUAUCUAUCCACUUCCGGGAUUGAAUAUCUUCAGUGACAUAAAAGAACGUCCCAAUCUCAGUCAACUAUUGUCUUUAGUUAUAAAGUCUGGGCUACAAGAAACUCUUGGUGGAGACGGACCUUAUACUAUAUUUGCACCAACAGAUGAAGCUUUUGCAGCAGUUCCAGAAAGUGUUUUGCAAGAGUUGUUGUCCAACUCAGACGCUUUACAAGAGUUGAUAAUGAACCAUGUAGUAGAGGGCGCACACUAUAAGAAAGAGUUCAGCAAUGGCUUUAUCCUCCCAACAUCUCGUGGUCAAAAGCUGCAGUUUUUCCUAGCAUCGGAUGGAGUUUACAGAGUCAACGACGCCAACAUACAGGAAUCUGACAUUUCGACUGGAAAUGGUGUCAUACACGUGAUAGACCGUGUUCUUUUCGCGCCACCAGUAACUCAGCCGGGUCCUGGAACACCAGAUGAUAGUCAAGUACAACAACAACCCCAACUUCCGGAAAAACCUCUAUCUGGUCAGUCAAAUCUCCCAACAACGGGUCCUUCUUCUGAACAGGAACAUCCCCAACCAGGUCAUGAAGUAUCAACUUCUGGUCAGCCAGAGAAACCACCAUCUCAGGAAGUUUUUGUAAGAACCGAUGGUGGUCAAGUACCUUCUCUACCAAGAUUGGAAGUUGAAGGUGUUCCUCCACCAACAAAUACAAUCCUUCAGGUCAUUAAGAUGCCUGGUCUCAAUGUUCAAGGCCAACCAGUUAGUCUCACCAUCUUUUACGAACUCCUUCAAAAAUCGGGUUUGCUUGAUCUACUGAGUGGGCAGGGACCUUUCACUGUGUUUAUCCCAAAUGAUGAUGCCUUUGCUAAUCUUCCUGCUGGAGUUCUGGAGGAACUCCGUAAUAAUCCAGAGUUACUGCGACGUGUACUUCUCAGCCAUGUAGUUAAUCGUUCUCUCAACCCAAAAACUCUACAGAACAACAUGAUUGUUGAAACGAAUAACAACCGUCGGCUCUUUGUUAAUGUUCUUAAUGAUGGGAAGUUAAUCUUGAUUGGAGGAGCAAAACUGAUCGCAUCAACGAAGGUUCAAAAUGGCGAAUUUUACGUCAUCAAUCGAUUAAUCUAUCCCAUUCCGAGAAUGGAUAUAUUCACUGAGCUAAAGGAACGCCCCACUCUCAGUCAGCUGGUGUCCUUAGUCAUGAAAUCUGGACUACAAGAUACCCUUGUUGGAGAAGGACCUUACACCAUAUUUGCACCGACGGACGAAGCUUUUGCAGCAAUUCCAGAAAGUGUUUUGCAAGAGUUGCUGUCCAAUCAAGACGCCUUACGAGAAUUUAUUAUCAAUCAUGUGGUAGAGGGCGUUCACUAUAAGAAAGGGUUUACCAGUGGCUUUAUUCUCUUGACAUCUCGUGGCAAGCGACUACAAUUUUUCGUAACAUCAGACGGAGUUUACAGAGUCAACGACGCCAACUUUACAGGAAUCUGACAUCUCUACUGGAAAUGGUGUCAUACACGUGAUAGACCGUGUUCUUUUCGAGCCACCAGUAAUUCAGCCGGGUCCUGGAACACCAGAUGAUAGUCA